AUGCAAUGCAGUCGAUUCGUCACCGACCUUCAUUUGGACCUUGCCAUGUCAUGCACAACUACACUAAACGAGUACUCACUGCUUUCCUGGAGGAUAAUAUCCUCUUGGAAAGGAGGCGAGAAGCAGCUUGAACAGCAGCCAUGUUGUCCGUUAGAGCCUCAAUGAACAACCUGAAUGACCCCCCAAGAUGGAACAUUCGACCAGACGCAGGAGAAAGAGGAGAGGGAGGCGCAGAUGGCAACCAGUGGAACUAUGCUCUCCUGGUGCCAAUGCUGGGGCUGGCCGCAUUUCGUUGGAUCUGGACCCGCGAGUCUCAGAGAGAGAUCGAGAAGGUCAAAUCCAAGUAUAACAAAGAUGUGUUCCUGGUAAAAAGCGAGUUGGAGUCCAGGUAUGAAGAGACGUUAACAGAGAGGCGCAGAGCCGUGGCUUCCUUGGAGCUGGAGCUCGAGAAGGAAAGACAGAGGGUGAAAGGCUACAAGCAGGCCAUGAUCUCCCAGAGCCAUCUCCUGGUAGAAGAACGGAAACAUUUACAGCAGGAGCAUGAGUGGUUGGAAGAAGAGAAGCAAAAGUAUAUCAAGUCUGGAGCCGGAGGAGCUGUCCUGCAUCAGGCCACGGAGCAACAGAAUGAGUGGUUCCAGAGAGCCAAUGCCGCACUGAGCCAUCUCGAGGCUCAACUGGUGGAGCGCCAGAACGCCUACUGUUCCCUCAUCCUACCUCGAGACAAGCGCCUAGAGAUGGAGAGAAACAUGCUGCUGGAAGCCGUCAAGGAGCCUGUCCUGGAUGAACUGAACCUGGAGGAUGAUCUCCAAGAUAUUUUUAAGAGGGAUAAGCAUUGUGCAAACGUGAUGAACGUGGACAAGAGGAAGAAUGGAAGUCUCAUGUGGGUUUAUCUCAAGUACUGGCAGCUGCAGGUCACUGUUCAGAAACACAAGAGAACCGAGGCAGUCCUCCUCGGGGAGAACGUUAAGCCGCAAACAAAAUGAGAAGAACAUCAGAAAGGGAAUAUGGACCGAGUUCUGACUUGUGUCACAUUUUUAAAACAAUGAGUUCUCCCCGGAUACCCAAAUAAGAAGCAUUCGCUUUAACUCACCAGAUCGAAAUGCACUUAACCGCAAUCAAAGCUUCAAAUCUAGUCUUUUGAAAUGAACAUUUCAGGACAUGCACUUGAUUGGCAACAUUUUCAUGGAUAAAGAUAUUUUAGCGUGAAAUGUGCAUCUUCAGCUCUAUCUUAUGUUCAGAUGCCCUAAGCCAGUGCUUCUCAAUUAUUUUCUGUUACGCCCCCCCCUAGCAAGAAGAAAACUAUUCGCGCCCCCCCUCCCCACCGUGACUAUCCUAACUUGUCUUGUAAGUCGUAAAAUGUUGCACUGUCGCAACUGACGCGCCCCCCCAGGAAUAGCACCGCGCCCCACUAUUUGAGAAGCACUGGCCUAGGUGACUGAUUCACAAUUUGGUUUUGUCUGAUAUCAGAGAUUAAAUAAAGAAAACCAACUGGCUGA